UUGUCCAUUAUCGAACAGUUGAGCGUGAACCUUGUAUACUAGAACACUAUAAUUAGUACCUAUAGCGCUCUAAUACAGGUUCUUAUAGGCGUGAGCUCAACGCCAUGUUUUUAUUUUUUAUUUUAGUUCUUGCCGGGGCCGGCCAAGUGAUUUCUUUAACGAGCAAUCUAGAUCAACUUAGUCAAUUUGAUUUAAUCGAAUUAGGUAUCUCCCCAGAGGAGCUCGAAAAUUUAGAUUUGUCAGAAAUUGAUCCAAGCCUUUAUUUAAAUCAACAAAAUGACGACAAGUCAAUCGUUAGUAACAUCGUUACUAAUGCCAUCGUCGCCUUCUUUGCGCGUGAACGUCACAAUCUUUCAAAGAGAUCAAAUUUCCCAACGCUUGUGGCCACCAACAUCAGCGAGCAAUGUUUAAACGACAGCAUCGCUUACCACCAAGCCUACCUUCUUCGAGUCGACUGGGCCAAGAAAAUGUAUGAAUCGACGGGUAAAUUCCCGGAAGCGUUUUACUACAGUGGUAACUUUCACGGGCUAGGACUUUUCGACGAAUGCUUAUCCGUCCAGGCCGAUUGGACCAACACAUCCUUCCAGGGCAAGUACUGCACGGUGUUCUUUGAUUCGGACCUGGUAAUGCCAGAGGAGUUGGAAGAGGAGAAUCCCGUUGGAGACGAAAUGCAGCAGCGGACAAAUUGGGUGGGAAUCAUACAGGUGUUGGAAUGGCUCUACAACGGUCCGAAAUUGAAAGAGCCCAAAGUGAGAGACACCGAUUUUAACUCAAGAUUCCUGGGAGCCCUUGAUUAUUGCAUCCCUUCUUCCUGCACCGCUGCAGACUUCCGCUUGUCCAUUGCGCAACUGAUCGGAAGUAGGGCGAUAGAUAACACGACUUACAACGACACCAAUUACUACACUUCCAUGGUGGCCGUCAACGACGAUAAUUAUUGCUACACCGCCGAGCAGAUCAAAGCCACUCCCAAUUUUGACGGACCCGACGUAGCUGUGAUUGUCACAUUAAGUCUCCUUGGGUUAGUAAUUCUUUGUGCUACAGUUCACGAUUUGUGGUUCAGUUAUUACCAAAUUCAACCCGAUCAGCCGAAAAAAGUUGGCCUGCCUGUGAAAGCCCUGCGGUGUUUCUCCAUGCUAACAAACGGCAAGAAAUUAUUGUCGACCAAAUCAGCUGCUGUUGACAAUCUGUCCUGUUUAAACGGAAUGCGAGUCCUGUCCACUACCUGGAUCGUUCUUUACCAUACGUACUAUGAAGCCAUUAUCAAUCCCAUGUACAACCCUUUAGGAUUAUUAAAGGAUGCAUUAGAGUGGCAGUUGCACGGUGUUCUCAAUGGCACAAUUGCAGUCGACACAUUUUUCCUGAUGAGUGGCCUGCUAGUAACUUAUUCCUUGAUGCGGGAACUGGACCGAAACAAAGGACGUUUCAAUGUCGCCCUCUUUUAUCUCCAUCGUUUCCUUAGAUUGACGCCAGUUUACGCCGUGAUACUGGGCUUCAUAGCAACUCUGUUGGCCUAUCUCGGAUCAGGACCCAAUUGGCAAAAUGUCCGGAUCUUGAGUCUGGCCUGUCGUUGGAACUGGUGGACCAAUCUUCUUUACAUCAAUAAUUAUGUUCGAACAUUCGAAAUGGACUGUAUGGGUGAAACCUGGUAUUUAGCGUGUGAUAUGCAAAUGUUUAUACUGAGUCCGCUAUUCAUCUAUCCUCUUUGGCGAUGGAGAAAAAUUGGUUUGAGCUGGGCCAUCUUCAACAUAUUGGGGCUCAUUGCUGGAACUAUCGCCAUCUUCAUUGUCUGGGAUCUUCCAGCUAUGGGUUUCUUUACCAGACCGAAUGACACAAGCAAUCCGCACUAUUACUACGGCUAUUAUGUCCAAACAUGGACCCGUUUCCCGCCUUACAUCCUCGGAAUUCUACUCGGUUGGAUUCUUCACAAAACUAAAAAUUCCAGAAUCAAGAUGAACAAGGGAGUUGUUGCAGCUGGUUGGUUCUUUGCGACGUUAAUCGGCUUGGCCGUCGUUUAUGGUAUGGUCCCCUAUUUGAACGAGCUCGAGGUACCAGAGAUGAACGACGUCACUCGCGUUUCUUACGGAUCGCUCCAUCGAUUUGCAUGGGCGACUGUUGUCGCUUGGAUUGUAUUUGCCUGUAUCCAUGGUUACGGAGGUUUCAUCAAUCGAUUUCUGUCAUGGAAGGCUUUUAUUCCAUUAGCCCGUCUAACCUACGUCGUCUAUUUGGUUCAUUUAAAUUACCUAACGGUCUAUCACGCUUACAUCCGGAAGCCGUAUUACUACACCAAAUUCACUCACGUUGAGCACUACUUUGGAGUCCUGUUGAUGGUCUUUUUCAUGGCAUUCGCCAUUUCCCUUACCGUGGAAGUUCCGCUGUUAAAUUUGGAGAAGCUGCUCGUCAGUCCCACCAAGACAAGAAAACCUGAGAUGGAUGAAAAUAAGCAAACAAUUCCAAGAGUAGGACUCAAUAUGAAUGCAAUUCCUACCUAUGGUAAGAACAAAACAGAACAAUUCUAAACGACCAAAGGCAAAGGACCUCGGAUUUUCUGCACGGUGGAUUUCAAAUAGUCCUUCUAAAAUUUAUUGCGAUUGAUUGGAUUGUUACAGAAUGAUAAAUUAUACGACAUGGAAAAAAGA